AUUUACAAUGCGUAAUAUUGAAAUUAAAGCGAAAGUACAUAAUGUCGAAGAGAUUUGUAAGAAAGCCGCGGAGUUAAGCGGCAGUUCUUGUAUUAUUAUAAAACAGGACGAUGUAUUUUACAAAGUAAACGACGGCCGUCUUAAAAUGAGGAAAUUUCCUAACUCUGCAGCAGUUCUGGUUAGAUAUAGUAGAGACGAUGAAGAAGGUCCAAAACUCAGCAACUAUGAUCUAUUGGAAUUUUCACCCGUUGAGAGUAAAAAGGCUGAACAAUUGGAUAAUAUAUUACAGAAAUGCCUCGGGAUACGCGGCCGUGUUAUAAAAGAACGAAAACUGUAUUUAGUUGGACAGACAAGAAUUCAUAUAGAUAAUGUCAAAGGUUUGGGCAAUUUUAUGGAAUUAGAAGUGGUUUUAAAACCAGAUCAGAGUGUGGAAGAAGGUGAGGCUAUCGCUAAAGACUUGCAGAACAAACUAGGUGUUAAAAAUGAAGAUUUAAUAAAAGGUGCAUAUAUGGAUUUAUUGGAAAAAUUGUAAAAGUAUAAGACAGUAUUUUGUUUGUUGAAUUAUUCCUUUACCAAAUUAAAGCUGUUUCUUCAUUA